AUGUCGCCAGUGACCUUUGUUCCAAUUGUACUUCUAGCAUUUCUCCCAAUCGUUGCAAGCGACUCAGGCGAUGAUUUCACCAACAAUCUGUUCUCGGACCUUGGGCCUUUACUGGCCCUCUUUGGGGAGCGGUCAGCCCAACAGUUUAUGAGCCAGGCGAUGGGAGUGGUUGAUUGCAUAAUUUUUGCUAUGGCACCAUUAGGUCUCAUUACUGCUGCUGUGGGUGUUAUCCGAAUCGGCGGGGCUGGGUGGUUGAAAGCAUGUAUUGGACGUGCCAGGGAGGCGUACGCUGUUCCAGAGCUCGAACUGCUGUCAUCAACAUCCUCCGAAGUCUGCGAAUUGUGGAAUGGAUUGACCCUUCCGAGAGGGCUAAGUGAAGAAAGUCAGAAGAAAUUAUGGAGUGUAGCUUGGUUCGGAACCGCGCUACAAUUGGCAGUGCUUGUAUUUGACGCCUCGAUAACCUACAAUCCGACUUUGAAGGGGCGUUUUGAGAAAAAUGGCUUACCAGUAGUCAAAUACGCAUUUCCUUUGACAGCUAUUGGAACUGUGCUAGUUGUUCUGGGUAUGUUUGUUAGUGCGUAUGUGAUUGAGGAUGCAACCAAAGAAGAGGAAUUGGAGCAUUUGAGAAACGGCAGAGGUGUCGAAAUGCGAGUUAUGUGGUUACAAAAGUACGAAAAUGUUGGGGACCAGAACUUCGAAUCAUACGCUAUCUUUGCCCGUGAGAAGCGCACAUCAAUCCGCACUUCUCGUCGGCGGGAGCCUCUGUUCAUGCGCUCAAAGACUGGUGAUUUUCUUACUAGACUCACUACAUUUGCCACAAUUGUGACUCUUGUCGGCUUUGUUGCGCAAUUUCUAGGCCUACGAGCUAUGUCAUGGACAGCAACGAUUGCACAGUUGAUUGCAACUGUGAUAAUGACUGGCCUAAGAUCUUGGUUAACAACUGCUGGUUUGUCGCAGGAGCCAGAUACAUGCAAAUUACCCAAAGAGUACGAACUUGAUUGGUUAGCAACACGUAUGGGUGACCUUAGAGAUGACGGCCUGUAUGAAAAUCUAUCGGAGAAGACAAUGGAUGUUGGCUUUUGGAGUCCGUAUUCGUGGAAGUGGCGUGUAGUAACUGAGCGACACCGAACUGCUGAAUCGUGGUCAAAAUUGCCGUCAGGUGGGAGGGCCAACCAGGUUGUUGAGGCAAGGAAACGUCUCCAAGAUUUGACUGGGUGGACUAGAGAGGGGAGUAUGGCGAUUGCCACCGCAACUGCCAUUGAGGAAUUCAUGAACAAUAUCUUCAGUUCGGAUUAUGCAACUUUGGAAGCCGGCUUCACUGAGCGACUUAAGUUCGAAUGGCCAGUUUUCAUCGAGUUUGGUGGUGUACAAGAAACAUAUUACCUACGAUUAUCACGAGAUUCAACUAAGAAUAAGUGGAAAGCAGACACUAAUUCGAUCGAGGCUAUCCUUUCCUUGUGGACAUACUCACUUCAAGAAAAGGAAGAAGAAGGAAAGAAGGAAAAUACUAAAGAUUUAUGUCCAAGGGGGGGAUUGACUGAGAAGGAGAGUUUGGAGGAAAUGGAAGAAGCAGAUAAACAGGAGGAGUCUGCGGGGGAAUUGGGAAAUAAAUUAAGGUUUCUGGGACCGGGCGAUAUAGUAUCUCAAAUGUGCUACAGGUUAUGGAUCUACAGAGGAACAGAUUUCCGGAUAUUUCGACGCCGAAAUGCAAACACUAAAUACCAGACCACCGGUUUUCCGAUCAACCCUUCUCUCUCAAUAAAACGUAAAGCUACGGAUAAAGAACUCGACGAGACUCUUUCCGUGCUUACCUCCCUCUCAGUGGAAGCGGUGUGCGCUCAAGACAUGUUCUCAAACUUCAUGUGGUACAUUGCGGACCACAUAAGGGCCGUGACUCCCAAGACCACACUCGCAAAAAACUCUGUUGGGUUGAACCAGGAGACAUGGCAGCCUCCCUCCCUCAGAAAUCCGUUCCUCGAGAAUAUUCUCAGAAGUGUAGAGGCAACGGGCUUGGGUACGACCGAGGAAAUGUGUAUGUGCAUUAUACCGCCAUUACAUUCAUCUGGGAUACUUCACGAUAUGGAUCUCAGUUCGCAGGAGCUCAUGAGUUAUGUUGACGAGAGAUCCGACGUAUUUGAGUCCCAAGAGGAUUGGGAAGAAGCUGGAAAAGCAUACGAAUGGCUUUACGAUACUUGCCUUGGUUAUGUGGAUACCGAGCCUUCUGCUUUCUGUCGAGCCGCUAUUCUGCUGGCUCACUUCUCGGCAAGCAUUAACGAUGCUGCCGGGAGCUGUGAAAGCUACAAUAUGUGUCCAGAAGUAAGGCAUCAGAAAGAAAUUAACUUGUUGAUGAUAUCGUCACAAGCAUUGAAAAAGUUGCGAUCCGGGCCACGAGGUCAAGAAAUCUAUCGAGUUCUAAAAGACGCAUAUCAAGCAGCAGGUGAUAUUCAAAGACUCCCCGAGAUCACAGAUGAUUUAGAUACGAAAGGUUCAAUAUCUUUGAACACCCCUGUUGUAUUUGGUGAUUCCACGACCCAUGAACAGCCUCUCGAGGACAUCGUACGAGAUUUGUUAUUCAUUGGCCCAAAUGGUCAAAACUUUUUGUGCUGGACAGAAUUACAUCUUGCUGCCACAGGAACAAGCCAAUAUGAUCUCAGAAGUCUAUCAAGUACCGAAGCUUCGAAACUGAACGCCCGUGACAGAGAUGGAAGAACACCUCUACACUGGGCUGUUUUAAAAGGCAAGGUGGAAACUGUUGAGGCACUUCUGGAAGCUGGAUGUGAUGGGAAUAUCAAAGACAAGAUGGAAACGACACCUCUUCAUAUUGCGGUUAUGGAGGGGAAAAAAGAUGUUGUCAUGUGCCUUCUCACCAAGAUAACAAAUCUGGAAACAAGGAACUCAAAGGGUUGGACUUCAUUACAUUUGGCUGCCUCCGCAGGAUUCAAGGAUAUAAUUGAGUUAUUACUGAAGAGCGGUGCGAAAAUCGAAGCGAGAGAUAGCAAGCAAAGGACACCACUUCACCUUGCUGCGUUAGUUGGGAGAGGGCAUAUUAUCACGACUCUCCUAAAUCACAACGCGGACAGUGCUGCUGGGGAUUUGAACGGUUCAACAGCGCUCCAUCUGGCAGCGGAAGGUGGAUUUGAGUUUGAAGUUGUCACACUCUUGGACAAAAAUGCAAAUAUCGAAGCCCAAGAUGUGAUGAAAAGAACGCCUCUUCAUGUGGCAGUAAUAGCAAGACGAGCGUUCAUCAUCGAUAUCCUCCUGAAGGGAGGGGCAAACAUUGAGUCAAAGGAUAUUCAGGAAGCAACAGCACUUCAUCUUGCCGCUCAACAGGGAUUCAAAAAGGAGGUCGAAGUUCUCAUCGACAAAGGCGCAAAUAUCGAGGCCAAGGAUAUCGCCGGUGAAACACCUUUAGUAAGAGCAUUUGCAGGAAAGAAGAAAGAUGUGAUUAGAGUGUUGCUAAGAGGUGGUGCAAAUGUGAAUGCGACCUCAGCGGAGGGUGAUUCUGUGCUGCAGGUGGCGGCAUACGCGGGCAAUUUGGAGGUUGCGAGGUUAUUACUAGAUCAUGGCGCAGAUAGAAACUUGCAGCCACGUCAUAAUCUUGGCGAGGGGUACAGAAAGGUUGUGGAUAUGUGCGGAUCGUGA